UAUAACCAGGCUGCAGAAGGUCAACCCAUAGUUAGUAAAGUAAAUGAUGAUUGGGAAGAAGAGUAUGAAGAUGAAGAAUUAAUCCUUUAUGAAGCAUAUAACUUAGAAGCAGAACCUGUCAAUACAGAAGACUCAGGAUAG